CAUAUAUAUAUGUAUUUUGUGUGUGUAUAUGCGCUGAUAAUAUAUAUGUGUGUGCUGUUGCUCUUCAGCUUUCUUAUUGUUCCGACAUACCCAUCUCUCAUCUUCCCCCUACCUUCACAAAAACUUAGGGUUUUCAAAGUUUAUCUCUCUCUAUAUAUAUAUAUAGGCAUAAUUGAUCAUUAGGUUUACGUUAUAAUCUUUGAGGUUUGGAAGAUUAGGGAUUGGAGAGGUGAGAAAUAUGUGCAGCAGAGGUCAUUGGAGGCCUUCCGAGGACGAGAAGCUCCGGGAACUCGUCGAACAAUAUGGGCCUCACAAUUGGAACGCCAUCGCUCAAAAGCUCCCCGGUCGAUCUGGGAAGAGUUGCAGAUUGAGAUGGUUCAAUCAAUUGGAUCCGAGGAUAAACCGAAACCCUUUUACCGAAGAAGAAGAAGAAAGACUAUUAGCCUCCCACCGAAUCCACGGGAACAGAUGGUCGGUUAUCGCUAGGCUUUUCCCCGGCCGAACCGAUAACGCCGUCAAGAACCAUUGGCACGUCAUCAUGGCCCGUCGCAGCCGUGAACGGUCCAAAUUGUUUCGCCAGGCCCCCAAUAAAAACUCUUCUUCUUUGGAUCAUCAUCAUCAUCAUCAUCAUCAUCACCAUGGUGUCGAGAAAGCGAUAAGCACGGAGAUUAAGGGACCGGGUUUUAACAGUUUAGAAUCUGGUGAUGGGAAAAGAAUGCCGUCGGCUAUAAUUCAUUAUCCUUACAAGUUUUCACAGAUCAAUCAUCUUAUGUUUCUCAAGGAGUUCUUGACGUGCAAAGCAGGGUUUCAACAAGCUCUAGCCACCGAAGUGAACCGAAGUAAAAGACCGAUGGAGUUCUAUGAUUUUCUCCAAGUUAAAAACACGGAUUCGAACGACAGCGAAGUGAUCGGAAAUUCCAAAAAAGACGGAGAAGAGGUCGAUCAAGUUUCUGACGAACACAGCCGCGCCAACAACGGCGAUGGAGUUCCCUUCUUCGAUUUUUUGUCUGUCGGAAAUUCCGCCUCCUAGGGUUUGUUUGAAACGUAAGUAAAACCCAAAAUGUAGCUUUUAAUUUCUUUCAUCAAUUAUAACCAAAGUUUUAAGUAGGUCGAUUAAUUACAUCGCUUGCAAAUCUUGAAAACAUAACUAGUUCUUGACCUGACGAACUGUGAAGAACAAGAUUGUCUGUUC